GGGAAACAGGAGGCGAAAGCAGAGCCGAACUGGAAAGGGAAAAGCUGAAGUCUCCAUCCUAAAACAGCAACACGAGAACGCCUGAGCUGCUGUGAGAGGAACUCAUGAAAGCGGAAACGUCCAGGGUCAGAACGGAUGUUUGGUCGCCACAGGAGAUCUUCUUUGAGGGAGAAGGAGUAAGCAGCAGCUGUCCAGGAACUUGCUCUGCCUCAAGAUGUUAACAGUCAAAUUGCCUGAGCUGCUGAGUGUUCAUCAGAUGCCCCGCAUCUUCUGGGAGGAUGGCAUCAUGUCAGGUUACCGUCACCCUAAGAGCUCAGCCAUAGAUUGUCUGCUCAGUUCCUUCCAAAUGACUAAUGAAACUGUGAAUAUUUGGACCCACUUCCUUCCUACCUGGUAUUUCCUGUGGAGGUUCCUACUGCUCACCUACAUGCUGGACUUCUGUAGGGAAUCGUAUAACUGGCCUCUUCUGGUAUACAUGAUGCUCAUCUGUCUUUAUCCCUUCACCUCCAGUUUUGCCCAUACCUUCAGCAGCAUGUCUACCCAUGCCCGCCAUAUCUGCUAUUUCUUGGACUAUGGAGCAUUGAGCCUCUACAGCCUAGGCUGUGCCUUCACGUAUGGUGCUUACGUUAUGCCUGAUCGCUGGGUCAACGGCCCACUUCACCGAUAUUAUGUGCCCAUUGCAGCGUUUAACACCUUUAUAUGCACCGGUCUUUCUUGUUACUCCCGGUUCCUGGAGGUCGAACGUCCACGGAUGAGCAAGAUUCUUCGCACUGUGGCAUUUGUGCAUCCGUUUGUGUUUGACAACGUCCCUCUCUUUUACAGGCUUCUCUUCUGCACUGGUGAUGGCUGCACUUGGAAUGAGGCUAUACCCCUGCACUUUUAUCACCUUUUCUUUGCACUACUCACCGGUUUCCUGUUUGCCUCCCACCUACCAGAGCGCCUUGCUCCAGGACGCUUUGACUAUUUUGGUCACAGCCAUCAGCUGUUUCACAUCUGCGCUGUACUGGGCACCCACUUUCAGCUCGAAGCUGUGUUAUGUGACCGAUCUUCCCGUAUGGCCUGGCUCUCCUCUUACACUCAACCAGACUCACUUCCCAUUACUCUUGGAGUAGUGGCAACUGCUGUUGUAGGGAACCUUAUUCUUAUCUGCUUCUUCACCGCCACUUUAUUGUGGUCACCACGAGCCAACUCCAUACUUCAAAGUCAUGUUCCUGGGGAUUCCAAAAUGAAAUCUCAUUGAUGUCAACACUGGAACCAAGAACUUAGCAACUGUCCUAUUAUGUCUGCUGUAAUUACGAUAUAAAAAUGACUUUCCAUUCUACAACAGUAAAAACUAGGUCAUAACGUAUUGGAAAUUAAUUUUGGUUCUGCAGAUGUUUUACAUGCUCCAUGCUGUGGUGUCCAAAGCAAGAAAUGGCGAAAAAGGUAGGAGAGUAAAAUGCAUAUUAUUGGCUACUGGAUGCCAUGCCAGUAUCUACAUAAUGAAAA